GUAAAUAGCAGGAGAGUAGGUUUUUUAGGGUUCCGUACCUAAAGUACGUUAAAUACCAUAAAAAUUUAAUGGCACAUGCUGAAAAAAUGCACUCAUUAAUAUUUGCCAUUGAAUAUUUUCUGUGUUUAAAAUAUAACCAAGCACAAGGGAAUUUCCCUCAGUUAUCUUUUCCACCAUUGUGCAGGGAAGAUAACUCAUUAGCUCUGAACACCGAAACAAAGGCCGGUCUCCUAGGAUCCCUCUGCAUCUAACUCUACAUUGGAUGACGGAGAGAAAUACCGCCGACCAUUCCGCGUUAUAAGAGCUCUAUGAUAUUUUUACGAUAUUUUAAAUGAAGGCAUAUAAAGAUAGUAGUAUAGUGGUACAACAAUAAAAAUCCAUUUAUUUCAAUAUUGUUACUUUGAAAAGGUAACAUGCAAUUUAUUUUCCAGAUUUCGUAGAUAUAAGGCCAUUGUCACUGUCGUGUGAUUCCGGCAUAGAAUGGGCCACUCCUUCCUUUUCCAUAGGUUUUUAAAAGUACGUAUUGUCCUUUGCUAAUUCGUGGUCGUAAAUUUUAUAGUAAAAAAAAAAAAAGGUUUUAAGACCUAUUUUGUGCUUGUGGUAACAUUAAUCUAUGAUAGUCUCUCUACUCUAUGUAUUGCCGAACUGUUGAAUUAAUCUUUCUCUUUGUUUUGUUCUUAAAUUUUUCUUAUAUGUUAUUGUUUAUUAGAUAUUGAUCGUAUUUUAAAAUAUGCAAUAAUUUUGAUUGCUACUCGGGUACUUUACUACUUAUAUUGUACAAAAUAGAAUAUUUUUACUGCCUAUUGCUUUUUUGAUUCUGAAGAGACAAUGUUUUGCGCUGUAACUGGAGUAUAAAGACUAAAUAUUAGUGAUUAACAAAAUGUCACUCUGGAAUUUGAGCAAAAACGAUAAUAAUUCAUCUUUUUUACCCGAUUUUCCUAGAAAAUCAUAUACCAAAAUUGAUCCAAUUGGUAAAUUACAUGUUAUUCACGCUCUUGAUAAUGGUCAAUCUAAAGCUGAUAUUGCUCGAGAAUAUGGUGUACAUCCGCAAACAAUCGCAUAUAUUUAUAAGCAAAAGGAAUCGCUAAUUAAAAAGUACACAAAAAAGUAUAACCUUCUUAAAGAAGUAUGUUGCGUUAAUCUGGAUCAUACACUAAUGGAAUGGCUUGAACUUCAAAUAAAAAAUGGGCAAUUUGUUAAGGAGCAACAGUUACGUGAUAGAGCUCAAGAGAUAGUCUCAACACUGACUGAAGACUUCAAUUGCAUUGAUGACUGGUUACUGGAUUUUCGUGUACGGCAUAAUAUUUUAAAAUUUAAGUCUGAUAUACAAUGCAGUAUAAAGGCUAAAGAAGAAUGGGUAGAUUUUAUAAAUGAUUUAGAUAUAAAGGAUCUAUAUAUUGGUGGGGUAACUGCUUUAUAUCACAACCUGGAUUUUGAAAGUUUUGUUAAUGAUCAAGAUAUAGAUAAUUAUGUAUCACUGAUGUGUAUAGUUCAUUGUUUAGGAUCAGAGAAAAAGGAAUUGGCAGUAAUUGGUAAAGAAAUGAUAGAUGAAGAAUUUAAUGUCAAAAGUCUCCCAGUAAAUUAUUAUUGUGAUCAUAGUGCACAAAUGACUUAUACUGCAAUUAAUAAUUAUCUUAAACAGUGGGAUGAAAUACUUACUUCUAAGGGCAAGACUGUAUUACUAGCUCUAAAUAUACCAGGGAGCUUGAUACAGAAAGAAACUUUUACUAGCAUAAGGAUGAUUGACUCAACCAGCCAUAUGUUUAUAUCAAAGGCAUUAGACAAGUUAUUUGAAUGUUUUAAAUUCAAUUACAGGAGAUUACAAAUAACAAAAAAAGUUACUUAUGGCUCAUGCCAAUUAUCUUUGUUGGAUUGUAUUAACAUGAUGAGUAUGGCUUGGUUUUGUGUUUCAAAUAGAUAUAUAAAUCAACUAUUCUUCCCACCAGAGGAUGGGAGUCUGUACUUUGAACGUAAUGAUUACAGCAGUGGUGACCACAGUUUGUCUCAAUGGUGUAAAAUGUUUAAUAUACCAUUUAAUUUUGAAUUGUAUUCAAACUUAUUGGACAAGUAUGUUUCUUGUGAUAAGUCAUUAAAAUGUUUGAAUUUAGUGCAAACUAAUGAUAGUACACAAAACAUUACCGAGCUUCUAUCACAAAACAAAUUACAAUCUGCAUCUGGGAUAGAAGCAUAUCAGGCUAUGAAAAGGCUAGUGUCUUAUUUGCAAGGUGAGAGUGCAAAUCCAUCUGAGAUGGCUUCUGCAAAAUAUUUAGAAAGUCAUACUGAAUUUGGUGCUCUCUUAGAAAUACAUCAAUUUGUUGCUAGUAACAAUGAAUCAGAAUUAAAUAUAGGCAUUGAAUAAUGUGUUUUAAAAGUAGGUUCACUAUGUAAUUAAGGUCAGUGAUUUGUAGAUAUGCAGAUUUGAUUAAGAGUUUGAAAUAAUUAAGCAUCAUAAUAAUAUGAUGCCUCUCUCUAUAGAUGUCACAAACAUUGGUGUACUGCACAUAGCAGAAAACUGCUUGAAACCUGAGCUGGUCAAGGUCUACCUGAUCCUCCAUUAAACAUGCCUAAUCACCAAUAUAUUGUAUGUUACUGCUGACUAAAAAUACAUUACAACUGUAUUUGAAUUAAAUAAUAUUUUUAUAAUAUAAACCUAUUAUAGUAUCUAGCUAGAAACUGAAGUUAAUAACUGUUAAAAAUACUCUGGACAAUUUCAUCUGGAAUUAUAGUUAGGAGCAAACUGCUUAAUCUCAAUUUUUUCAAAAAGUAUAUUUUGGGGGAAUAUUCUCAUUAAUGUGCAUGUGUAGUUAAAAGAGCUAAUUUAGAUUUUAAUAUUAUUUUGCAUUUACAAUAAAAAUUUUAGAAAUAAAACACUUGGAUUUUUGUAAAAUAGUAGUAUAAAUAAUUUAAUGAAGUACUUAAAGAUACAUUAAUUAUUAUAUAUAUAUAUAUAUUCUUUAUUGCACUAAAACACACAGUAACAACAAUAAGUUAAUAGCAAUGUUAGCAAAGGCGAACUUAUAUCUAAAAGAGAUUUUUCCAGUCAAUCUAACACAUUGGCAUAGGAAGUAGUGAGUUGCACAGUAAUAGUGCAAAAGGAAAAUUAAAAUAAAUAUUUACAUAUAUAUAUAUAUAUAUAUAUAUAUAUAUAUAUAUAUAUAUAUAUAUUUAUAUUUAAAAGAUACAUAAUUUAUAGAUUAAUGUUAUAGUAAUAUACUAAUGACAAAUAUAGUGGGCAUUUUAUCACUUGGUUUCAGUAUAUACCUAGUGUCUUUUAUAUAACUUAUAUAUAUAUUAAUUUUAUCUAAAAAAUAUUCUUGCACUAGUGAGGCUGUAAUAAAGAAGUUUAUAUUCUUGUUCAACAGU